UGGGGUCCCUCUCUCUCUCCCAAUAUACCAAGCUGGAUGAGAUGCAUUGUGUCUAGUUGUGGUGAGCAGCGCAGCUCUCUCGUGGAAGUAAUCCAGUGCUCGUAUUUUAACAGAAAGAGGAUGAGCAGCUAGGACGAGCAGAGCGCUGGAGCUAACGGGUUACUCGUCCAUUGCAGCAGAUAAAUAUUUUGGCAGCGAGAGGCAGAGAGAGAGAGGGGGGGAGAUUUCAAGCAAAUGGUAACCACAUCCAGCCGCAAAUGGAAGGUAUAAAAAGGCCCUUUUUACGUUAAAAAAAAACACAACUCCCUCCUUCUCCGAUCGGAAUCACCCGCCGACAGGGAGGGGCAAAGACGAAGGGGCAUUCAUCUUAAUAGUUAUUCGGUUCGUGCAGAUUUAUGGAUUAAGAACCAGCCUAUGGAGAUUAUCGUUAUUUACCUAUGCUCAGCCAGUCUCUUUUGCCUUCCUCUCAUUCUUGGGAGCUCCAUUCGUGUCGGUCUAGGAGGCAAUUACUCCAAUCUCUAUGAAAAGAACAUACUGCCCUGCAAGAAGGAUGAACUCCAGUGUGGCAAUGGUCUCUGUCUUCUCAACUGGCUGCGUUGUCACUACCGGAAGAACUGUGCCCGAGAGUACACCUCCAUCAAGUUAAUAUGUUCAAAGCUGCUGACCAACCAGAGUGGAGGGAGCGCGGGAUACCCGCAGUACAACGAGAGCAGCAGCGAUGCCAGCCUGCUAGUAUCGCCCCUGGUGGUGGCCGGCAUCGUCAUUGGCCUGGUCCUCUUCCUCUCCUGCAUGACCAUCAUCGUGGGAAGCUUCCGGAAGGACAGCCGGCUGAGAAACUCCAACGCCAGGAUGGAGGCCCAUUACGCCCCCGACGCCCUCUCAUUCGGAGGCUCCAUCGGAGAGCUGAGGUCAACUUGUAUCGAGGAUUAUGCAGCUGGUUUUGAUUUUGAUUCCUACACUGAGUCGCUCUCACAGGUCAAUGCCAUGUAUCAGGAUUCCCCACCGCACUACGAGGACUGUGUGCGUGACGGAGUGCCGGACAUGUACCUCCCCGAGGAUGACCCUCCUCCCUACUCGCUGACCGACCCCUGGCAAGGUCGUGACCCUACGCCCCAGACCCGCCCCGAGCAGGAGGUUGCUCCCCCGGGUGGCGGGGACUUCUCCUGGGGUCAUCACACCCCCUUGGGCCACCGGCAGGAAGUCCCCUCCGUGUCCUCGGGCUCCCUGGCCCCCCCGUACGAGAGGGUGGUCUUGGGGAGCCGCGAGGUGGCCCUGCCUCUGACGUCGCAGGUCGAGCUGAAGGACCCUCCGGAGGACGGCAGACCCCUCUCACGUGCCAUCGUGUGACACACACUCUCCCUGGGGUGGGAGGGGGGGCAUGGUGGGGGGGGGG